AUGCACAAGUCAAAUGCAAUUGAGUGUCGGAAAGACGUAACCAUCUCAAGGAACUGCAGCAUGGACUCAGGGAGGCUCAAACGGAAAGAGGAGAUCAACAAGGCCCUUACAUUCAUACAGUCUUCAUUGGCCUAUCCCGAACCUGAAGGCUAUCAGGAUUUUUUGACUGGAUUGGUGUGCAACCUCCUUGAAGAAGGAAAUGUGCUGUUCGAAGAGAGAGCCUGGGAAGAGGCUGAGAAGGAAUACAGUGAAGGUGUAAAUGUUUCUCUCUAUGCUGCCUCCGAAGACCUGCACUUGCCUGAAGUUCUAUUGGAGAGCUUAUAUGUGAAUCGGGCUGCUGCAUAUUAUAAUAUGGGGAAAUAUGAAAAUGGCGUUCUGGACUGUGACAAAGUGCUCCUGGCAUGUAAAGAAAGUCGUAAAGCUCUGUUCAGAAAGGCUCUCUGUCUGAAAGCGCUGGGGAGACAUAAGGAGGCCUACACCUGCACUAGUGACUGUCUGCUCAUCAAUCGCAUGGACAAUCAAGUGAACGAGCUUGCACAGGAGUUGGCUGUUCAACUGGGGCUGAAGAUCCGUAAACCUUAUGUCAGCGCAAAGGGUCCAGAUUCUGCAGGGAAUGGAACAGGUCUUGCCCCUGUUACGCAAGAACAUUUUUCCAACCUCGAGGACUCUCUGCUCUCAGCUCAGGGCGACACUCAGACGUCCGUUGUGCCAGAAAUACCUGAUGAUUCUGAUUUGAUGGGAGAUGAGUUGGACAUUUUACUAGACGCUUUACCAAAUGAGACGGAGUCAAAGACCCUGCCCCAGGAAUGCUCUGCUUCUGGCCUCGAACCCCUGACUAAACACACUGUAUCUUCUGCUUUACCUUUGCCAACACCACAGCUACCACCAGCCUUCUUCAGCUCAGCCGGCUCGCAGCUCAACCUCCUCGACUCCUUUGCUGGAAGAUUCAAAGCGACGGAUUGCCUUGAUUCUCUUGAUGCUUUGGACCUAUUUCCCUCAACUGAAGAUGGAGGAAGAUUUGGUGUCAAAUUAAACGUUAAAUCUGGUCACAACAUUUCACCUCCGAAACCGCCAAUAAACGAAAGACGCCGUUCACCAGACAAAGCUUUGACCUUGACCCAUGACUUUAUGCUGGCAUGUUCAGCUUGUUUCCCUCGAACAGGGAAGGGGAUUUACACAUUUGUUCACAAGCAGGACCUCGUGCACAGUUGUAAGAAAAACAUUUUGCUAUGCAGAGAAAAGGACAGUGUUUUACCAUGGACCAGAGUGCGACCAAUACCUUCAUGGACAUCUUUUACUGGACCAUUUGUACUUUGCAGAGAACUACUGAAAUCAGGAGACCUUGGUUUAUGUAAAUAUGGAGAGGAUUGCACGUUCGCUUUUAACCAGUAUGAGAUUGACGUUUGGACGGCGGAGAGGAAGGGGAAGUUCAACCGUAAAUCGCUGUCUGGAGUUUCAUCAACGAAGCAUGGACCCGUCGACGGAAUUCUACACAUUCUACAAGAACACAAGGGAAUGUUCAUCUUUCUCUGUGGGGCCUGCUAUGACCGUAAACCCACCAUCAUAAGUCACCGCAGUAGCAUUGACAAUACCCUCUGCUCAAACUCCAGUGCCCAUCACCCGUUUGACACCAAUAAGUGCUUGGCGUUUCGGAUCAGGAACAUAACGGUGAGGUACAGAAAGGUGCGGCCGCUUCACAUGCUGUGCCAGCUGGACCUGUGCCGCCAUUGUAUCAGAUACGGAUGCCUGUUGGGCGACGAGUGCAUGUUUGCCCACUCGGAUGUUGAACUCAAAACAUGGAGGCUACAGAGAGAGACAGGGACUACACCAGAUGAGAUAGUGAAGGUAUCCACCAAUUACUAUGAUAAACUAAACAAAACUUCAAGCAGCAAAGAUAAAGACCUAAAACAGCCUCUGGGUCCAGGGAAACCAAAAGGGGGAAGACCUAAGGACAGUCUCAACAUGAGGAUGAGGUUUGUCUGUGGUCACUGCUGGCGUGAUGGAGUCACAUCUGAUCCAGAUAAGGCUCUAAAGUAUUGCUCAAGCAAAGCCAAACAUUUGUGGACUAAGGACAAAAGAAUAUUGCUGGUGAAAUCCUUGGAGAAAAGUAAAUGGAUUAUGGUUCGGACACUUCCACAUUGCAAACACUUCCCAUCGCACUAUGAUAUAUGCCAUAGAAUUCUGAACAGAGGAAAAUGUAAUGUUGGGAACUGUACAUUUGCACACAGUGAAGAGGAAAAGGAUAUGUGGACUUAUAUGAAGAAUAAUACAUUAGUGGACAUGCAGCAAGUGUAUGACUUGUGGCUGACAUUAAGCACUGUGAACCAUCAGAACGAACCGGCUGCUGCCCAGCCCUCUGUGGAAGAGAAGUCCAUUGUAAUGCCCACAGACUACGCUGAGCCAAUGGACGGGUUUCACUGCAGACUCUGUGGUAGACACAGCAACAGUGAAAGACAGUGGCAGCAGCAUAUCUCCAGUGAAAAGCACAAAGAUCGUGUCUUCAGUUGUGAUGAAGAAGACAAGGCCCUGACAUGGAACUACCGAUUCCCAGCUACUUGCUUUGACCUAUGCCCAAAGUUAGAUGACACUUGUCCUGAUGGUAUGAGCUGUGACUAUGCCCACAGCCUAGAAGAGCUGCAUGAGUGGAUUGAGAGAAGAGAUUUUCUCAGGCGUAAACUAGCUCGAGCUCGGGAGGACAUGCUCAUAAUGCCAGAUGAGACUGACUUUGGAAAGUACAACUUCCUUCUGCAAGAUUGA